GGAAAUGUUCAAAUUUACUAAACCUUAAUCGCAACUUCGUCUUCACCCAACGGUUUUUGGCGGCGGCGUUGCUAAUCUUCAACGGCAAAAAGGUAUCUUUCAUCUCACAAAGAUGGAAAUCAAGACAGAUGGAAGUGAUGGAUCCUUGGUUUUAAUCAAGCAAGGAGCUGAGGCUAGGGUAUUUGAGUCAACAUUUGUGGGCAGUAGGAGGUGUAUUAUCAAGGAACGGUUUUCUAAGAAAUACAGGCAUCCGACGUUGGACUCAAAACUCACUCUUAAACGGUUGAAUGCGGAGGCAAGGUGCAUGACAAAAGCUAGACGGCUUGGUGUUGUUACUCCAGUGCUUUAUGCUGUUGACCCUGUUAUGCAUACUCUCACCUUUGAAUAUGUCGAAGGUCCUUCUGUGAAAGAUAUAUUCCUUGAGUUUGGAUUAGUUGGUGUUGACGAAGAACGGAUGGCUGAUAUUGCAACACAGAUUGGUAAUGCGAUUGGCAAAAUACACGAUGGUGGCCUAGUCCAUGGCGAUUUGACAACAUCAAACAUGUUAUUCAGGAGUGCUGCCAAUCAGCUGGUGCUGAUUGACUUUGGUCUAAGCUUUACUUCAACGCUUCCGGAAGAUAAAGCAGUUGAUUUAUAUGUACUAGAACGUGCUUUACUCUCGAUGCACUCUUCUUGUGGAAAUGUGAUGGACCAGAUACUUGCUGCAUACAAGAAAUCCUCAAAGCAGUGGUCAUCAACCUGGAACAAGCUUGCCCAAGUGAGGCAAAGAGGAAGAAAGCGCACAAUGGUUGGUUGAAGCUUCCCCUGAUUCUGCACUCCACAUUAAGAUCGGACUUGGUCUCUAUGCAAAUAGUAUUUAUAAGUUUCUACGUGGGUAUUUCUUGCCCUUCAUUAACAGUCAUUCAAAUU